CCUGCAUGUAACGGAAAGGUCCUGCACACAGCCUUUGUUUACAAUUCGAACUUGUUGAGUUAAUUAAAUACAUCAUGGAAUAGAUCUUAUUAAAGCACUAUUACUUUUACCAACAGAAGUUAAGAUGGACACAGAACGAGGCCGAGGCAUGCCAGGCAGUGUCCUGCAGUUAAAAAUUUCCGAAUUGGUAGGUACUUCGGCAAGAACAGCUCAUCAAAUAGCAAUAGGAGAUAAUAACAUUGCUUAUAUUGUUAGUGGAGGAGUAGUAGUUAGUCAUAUUGGAAAUAUUAAUGUGAAUAAUAAUUCCGAAACUACUGUUUUGUCACAGAGGUUCUUCUGUGCCAAUUCCAGUUCUGGUGGAGAUUCUCGAGCUGUUAGUUCAGCCAAUGCAUAUUUGAAUAAGGCUUUAUCUGAUAUGAGUCUCGAGUAUAAUGGAGAUAUAAAGAAAGAUAGUUAUGGAUAUCCUAUUAAUGGUGAUCCUACUAUAUAUAAUGGAAUAGGUGGAAUAACCAAUAAUGAUCCAUUUAAACUGAGUAGUUCAGGAUUGGAUGAUACAGACUCAACAUCAACAUCUCCAUCUAAAUUAAAGGAUAGAGUAAGAUCAAUUAACUGUAUAGCAUUAUCACCAGAUCAACGAAUAUUGGCAGUAGGAGAAGCAGGAUAUCAGCCACGUAUAUUGCUAUUUUCUUUAGCACCAAAUCUGUCUGGUAACCCAUUUGCAUUGAUUUAUGAACAUACAUUUGCAGUAAAUUGUUUAGUAUUUUCACCCGAUUCUAAAUACUUAUGUUCUUUAGGAUCUAUUAAUGAUGGAUUCAUUCAUGUUUGGAAAUUAACCACUAGCUCAAUAGCUUUACAGGCUACUAAUAGAUGUAGUACCAUCAUCAAUCAACUCAUAUGGUGCAAUGAUUACAUAGUAACCUUAGGACUUCGAGUUAUAAAAGUAUGGAAGUUUCAAGAAGAAGACUUUCAUGAUAUUGUUUCUAAACCCAAUGCCUUGAAAGGCAAGAAUGUUAUUCUUGGACCAUAUAUAAAUGCCAAUUUCAUUGAUUCUAGUGUAUUGAAUAAUGAUGAAUUAUUACUUAUAACUACUGAAAAUCAACUCUUAUUAUUAAAGAUCGGUCAAGACAAUUCAAUGAAUUUUGACUUAAAAUUAAUAUCUUUGGAACUGCCACAAUUCGAAUUUAAUUCUAUAGAGAUUGAUAAUGAUUCAGAAUCAAUUUGGUUGGGUAAUGAUCAAAGGAAAUUUGAAUUCAUCACAGUUGAUAGUUUAACAGUAGUUGAUUCACCACGAGUUGUAUCGAGUAAUAGAACAAGUAGUCCUUCUAAGGAGAUAACUCAAACCAAAAACAUCUUAAAAUUACUGAAAUUUACUAACAAUAAUAUGAUUUAUUUAUCCAAGACAGGAGAUAUAGUCUUAGUUAAUAAUCAGAAACAAGAAAAACCAUUAGUUACUUCCUUAGUCAAAGAUUUGGGAGGUAUUAAAAGCUGCUUUCUGAAAGAAUUUAUGAUUUUCUCCAAAGAUGGAGAAAUCAAGAGACUCUUAAAUCUUGGAGGGUUAGAGACAGUUAUGAAAUUUCAAUUGCCAAGUUUUGAAUUAAGCCUGAAUAGUUUAACUGCCAUUGAAUCAUUUACAAAUCAUAUGGUUGUGGGUGAUAAAUAUGGACACUUAUUUAUUAUAGAGCUUAAUGAAGAUGGUACACAAACAACCAUCUUUAAGACUAAAGCUCAUACAUCAUCUAUUAAUGAAAUCAUUUACUUUGAAAUCAAUGAGUACCAAAUAAUCUCCACCAUAUCUAGAGAUAGAAUGAUCCAAAUAUUCUACAAAGCCAAACAACCAAGUCCAAAUAAUUGGGAUCUUUUACAAACCAUUGCUGUUCAUAAUGGGAAUGUACUUAAGAUCCAGUACUAUGCAAAUAAAUUAUAUACUUGCUCAUCUGAUCGUACAGUCGCAAUUCACCGAUUUGAGACAGAAUCAAUUUUGCAACUAGUUCAAGAGAAAAUUCUCACCCUUAAAGCCAGUCCCACCACCUUAAAAUUAUAUGAUAAUGAUUUGAUAGUCUCUACUACUGAUCGUUGUUUACAAAUAUAUGAUAUUAAUGAAUCUUAUGAAUUGAAGAGAUCAUUAAAAUUAUUUAAUGAUAGAAAUAAUGAAAGUUUACUUGUGGAGAAUUUUAUAAAUUUCAAGAAUAUGAUUAUUGUAAGUUCUUCAGAUAAGUCACUUCGAAUGUUUAAUUAUUUGAGUGGAAGAUCUAUUUGUUCAUGUUGGGGCCAUCUGGAUUCUAUAUUAAGUUUAGUUAUGAGGAAUGAUAAUGAAUUAGUAUCUAUUGGAACUGAUGGAUGUUUAUUUAUCUGGAAGGUUAAUGAAACUUGUAAUGAUCUUAAUGUGGCCGAUAUCCCUCCAACAUCAGAUAUUGAUGAAACUAAAUCAGUAAUUGAUCCAUUUGAAAUUAAAGUCACUAGGAAAAUCAUUCCGACAGUUCCAUUACGAAGUUCAACUCCUUCACCAGAAAGACGAGAAUUGAGUUCUGCAGAUUCUUCACCAACUCCUCGUUUAACGGCUGCUACAUUAAAGAGACUUUCCACUAAAGGUUCUGCCCCCCUAUCGAGACCUCCUCCUCCUCAAUCUCCUACAAGAUCUCACACAAGAAAUUCAGCUUCAAUUACUGCUAUUCCAUUGUCACCUUCUAGAACUCCAAAGUCGGUACCUGUCAGAACUCAACGUCAUCUGAUAGAUCUAACUUUAUCCCCAGGCAAAUCUCCCAAACAGAUUUCAUAUACUUCACCAUCUAAAUCUCUAGCUACUUCACUAAGUAUGGUUUCUGAUCCUAAAGUGUUUGUAGAUAAGGCUCUAUUCCAAUUAAGUCAUAUGGAAUCAAGAUUAAAACAAGAAAAUCAUGGAAUUGAUGAAGAAGGCAAGUUGCAACUCAAAUCCAAAUUAACUAAUAUACUAACCCUAUUAGGAGAUGGAGAUAAAUUACUAGAUCAACCAGUUAUUACAUAUGAACAAGAAUUACUAGAGAAAUAUAGUCACCAAUUGGUUGAAAUGGUACAAGAGAAAUUGUCUCACCAUCAAAGGUCGACAUCUUCGACUCCUAGUAAUGAUUC